AUGUGCCGUUGACGCAUGCGUGAAGAGUUCGCCCGUGGAGGGAGGAUGGAGGCGGAAAGUGGUCGUCAGUGUGAUGAAAUGAGAGAAGAUUCACUCACUUGGUACAAUCAUAAAAUGUAUUCCAGAUAUUGGCAGCAUUAUCAGCUAGCUAUGGGUUGGCUACAGAAACAUAGACGUGCUUAUCGCAAGGCAGUCGAAUCACUUGAGUGUUCUCCUUGGUAUUACACAGAACCAGAAGCAACGCACUUUGCUAACUUGCAUAAUGGAUUUUCGUACUACUCUUCAAGACUUACUCAGCAAAGUGAGCACAGCCACAGAAGCCAAGAGCACUGCAGCUCAGAGAUUGAAAUGGGAGAUUUGAGCAGUGAAGCCUGUUUAAAUGCUGACACAGAAGGGGAAACAGAUUCAGAUAGUGAAAUAGAAUGUGAUAUCAGCAAUGUGGAAAUAACAGAAGAAUUGCGCCAGUACUUCAAACAGACAGAAAAACAUCAAGAAGAAUUAAAGCGACAGCAGCAGUAUGAUGACGAACGACAGGCAGCGUAUGUAUUGGCUGACCGUGAUUUUCACAGUGCCUUGGGGAGAACAAUUCAACCACCUGCAGAAAGACCUGGUGAAAGAAGACUGGUUGAAAUGAAGAGACUGUAUGGAGAGGAUGCUACUAAAAUCCAAGGAAUGGAAACUGCAAUGCAACUCCUGUUUGAUAGAAAGUGUGAUAAGAAGCAGCCAAAGUACUGGCCUGUAAUUCCACUGAAACUUUGAUUGUGACUCUUUAUCCUAUAAAACUGAUUUUGCGAACUCGUGUUAGUUUUUUUUUUAAGUUUAAAAAAUUGUAGUAAGUUUUACUUUGUAACUGUGUUUGUUAUGAUUUAAUAAACAUGAAUUUUUUUACCAUUAAA